GAGGCCCUGUCGAGGUAGAUUACCUACUCAAGCUUACCUAAGCAACCUCCCAUCUAGCCAGUCCAGCAACUUUAGCCGUGUGCUUGCUUUGUCCAUCAUUUGGAAAAUCAUCUGCGUUCACCUAGGCGCGUUUGGUGGCCCGCCAUGUCUACACCAGCUGACGGUUCUGACGGCUCGAAGCCCGACCCUUGGGAUAAAGAGACACGGCGCAAGUUCCAAACCAAAUCCAAGUCCGAAUACUUCGACCCAUGCCAGGAAGCUGCGACCAGGAGUAUACGAUGUCUCAACCGUAACGGAGGCGACCGAACUAUGUGUACCGACUACUUCGAGGCGUAUCGAGAGUGCAAAAAACAAUGGAUGGACAAGCGCAAGGAAGAGAGGAAGAAAAGUAGUUUCUUCUCUUAAGCGAUCCCAUACUUAUACAACAACAAUAAAAUCAACCCCGACAAAUCCGACAGCCUUCGCUAGAGAAGACAACACCUCUAUUAACAGGAUACAUGAACGACACGCGCAA